AUGGAUGACUAUGUGUGUAGAAGGUUCCUUUUUGUAAGGAACUGGUUUCCCGAUAAAUUGGGCAGUGACGGAAACUAUAAAUUUAUUAGUGAUAAAGAUUUCAAAGAGUAUUGUAUUAACGAAAAAUGUGAUAGUGAUCUCGAAAAAAUCAAUGCUGUAUGUUUAAUGUUAUUUAACCAAUUCUUUGGAAAUUCUUCUUCGCUUAAGUAUCAUAAUAACAUAAAUAUUGUUGAAUACAUUAUGAUAUGGUUAAGUUAUAUGUUAAACCUAAAGAAACAAGAAAAUAAGACCAAUCUACAAUAUUUUUAUGAGACAUAUAUAAAUAAUGAUAAGUAUAAAAAGUCUAUAACUGGUGUUACGGAGUACAAAAAUUAUAAGGAUCUUAUAGAUCAAAAAAAAUAUUUUUGGGGUAUGGAUAGUAAUAUUAUAUCUAAUUUUUAUGAAGCAUUUAAAUUAUUAUGUGAAAUGCAUACUAACUUUGAUGAAAAAACAUCAUAUUGCACAAACUGUUUGCAAAAUGCUAAUAAAUUUGUUAAUAAAUAUAAAGAGAUGCGCCAAAACUCUGUUAUUACUAGUAAUAGUUCCUAUAAACAACUAUUGUCUACUUUAUCAAAUGAUUAUAAUAAUUUUAAAAAUUAUUGUACUAGUAAAGGUGGUAAUUGUAAGGAUAUUCCAUCCCUUCCAUCGAUAGAAACAACAAAAAUUACUGCAAAUUUGCCUGAACAAACUAAACAAACUCAACAAACUGUAGAAACUUCUGAACAAACUAAACAAACUCAACAAACUGUAGAAACUUCUGAACAAACUGCGCAAGGUUCUGCACAUAGUUCUGGACAAUUUUAUGAAGAUCCAUCAAGCUCGCCGAUAGGAAACAAAUUAUUUACCGUUUUAUCGAUAUUUGGUGCAAUAGCAUUUUUUUUAGGAAUUUCUUAUAAGUAUUCAUUAUUUGGAUUUCGGAAACGAACUCAAAAACAAUAUUUAAGAGAAAAAAUAAAAAACACAAAGAAGAGAAUGAAUCAUUAA